AUCUGCUGUACCUCCAGCUGAAGAGAGAUAUAUACCACGGCCGUCUCCUCUGCCCUUUUGCUGAAGCUGCAUAUCUGGGAGCCUGCAUCAUACAGGCUGAGUUUGGGGACUACGACCCAGAAGAGCACCCGUCAGACUACAUCAGAGACUUCAAGCUGUUCCCUAAACAGUCCCUGAAACUGGAGAGGAAGAUUAUGGAGAUACACAAGAAUGAGCUCAGGGGCCAGUGCACUUCGUUUGCAGAGCUGAACAUGCUCCAAAGGGCUCACAUCCUCGAGACGUAUGGAGUGGACCCUCACCCCUGCAAGGAUUUCACAGGCUCCAUAGCUUUUCUCGGGUUCACUGCCACAGGUUUUGUGGUCUUCCAGGGAAACAAGAGGAUCCAUCUCCUCAAAUGGGCUGAUGUUAGCAAGCUGAAGUUUGAAGGAAAAACCUUUUACGUCAUUGGGAUUCAGAAAGAGUCAUCACUGAAGAAACUGGUGCUGACAUUUCACACCUCAACCCCUGCUGCGUGUAAGCACCUAUGGAAGUGCGGGGUGGAGAACCAAGCCUUUUACAAGUGUGCAAAGUCGAGUCAGAUAAAGACAGUUUCCAGCAGUAACAUAUUCUUCAAAGGCAGCAGGUUCAGAUACAGUGGACGAGUAGCCAAGGAGGUGAUAGAAGCCAGCUCUAAGAUAAAGAGAGAGCAACCAGAAGUACGCAGAGCCCAGUUUGGUCAGAGUCGAAGUUAUAACUCUUUGAGCCAUAAAAACCUCAUCAUGAACAUGGAGCCGCUGGUACCUGCACUGCCCUCCACCAACGAAUACGAAGAGACGGCCGCAGACAACGUAAAGCUCUCCAUCAGCCCAGCUGGCCUGUCGACACGGGGCUCACAGUUGAACCUGGAACAGUUUCUCCCCAUGAGAGGGUAA